AUGAGUAUUUCUCGCCGCAACUAUAAGAACGACGACAUUCCAUCACAGCACGUCGAUGCUUUUGAAGAGCUGCUCGCUUCACUUACGCGCAUCAAUACCUACAAUCCUCCAGUCCAGACAUGCUCCACUGGCUGGACUUUCCACGGCCUCUACAAUGGCCCAACAUCGAUAGCAUACCUGUUCUUCCGCUUAUCGCAGCACUACCAUGAUCUGAUGUUCAAAGGGCAAUCCCUCCUGGACUGGGCCCAGGCUUACCUAGAUCUGGGCGCGUUCGGACAUCGGAGGGGCGUAGAUUCCGGUCACUGUGGAAUCGCAAAUGAAGUCACGGCACAAAUAUCCAUACGUGCGGUCAUGGAGCAAGACUCCAGUCUGGUGCAGAAAUUGUGUUCGUAUGAGAGCACUGUUAAUGAUGGGUCAGGUUCCGAUGAAUGGUUGUACGGUCGAUCAGGCUAUCUGUACUUUUUGCGCUUAGCACGGUCAGGCUUUGAGAAGGAUGCCAAUGCCGCCAAGCUGAUCGAUUCAACCAUCCAGAAAACGGUACAGCGAAUUUUGGCCACCAAACAGCCUUGGAAAUGGCAUGACAAGGCAUAUCUUGGAGCAGCGCAUGGAACUCUGGGAAUCCUCUGCCAAGUGGUGCUGUCGUCACCUUCCAGCGCAGGCUCUAUCGAACAUAUUCUCUCCCAAGUUCUUGGCACCCAGCUUUCAAGCGGCAAUUUCCCCUCGUCCUUACCUGCGAGUUCCGACCGACUUGUUCAGUUCUGCCAUGGAGGGCCCGGUGCAGUCCUGGCGUUGAGGUCGCUACGGCCCCACUUUCCCAGCUUACAAGGCAGAAUUGACGCAGCCAUUACCGCGGCACAAAGAGAUAUCUGGAAGCGUGGCGUUCUCACGAAACAACCUUGCUUAUGUCACGGCAUAGCGGGGAACGCCCUCGCUCUGGACGAUGAUGCAGAGUUUGAGCAUCUGCUAGCAUACAUGUCGAGUGACACUCUUGAGAGUCGAGGUUGGUUGGAUGAAGCGGGACGGGAUGAUGAGCUCGUCGGCCUUUAUACUGGCGAAGCCGGCCGGGCGUGGGCUUGGGCUGUGGCUGACAGAGGACUGGAGAGGACUUGUAUCGGAUUUAACGAUUUGUGA